AAAAAGAUAAUUUGUCAAAAUAUAUUGCUUGCACGCGCACAUUGUUUACUUUUGUAAACGCGUUGUACUAAAACAAUCCCGUAUAUAAAUAACAUUUAACGAGUUAUAUUCAGUAACAUAACAGUCCCUUAGCCUAAUGCAUGUCAGGUAUAAAAGUUCACUGUACAACAUAAAAAUUUGUGUUUUCAACGACGUCACAAGUGUGAUUUUUAUAUGGUUGGUCGGUGGGUCUCCUGAAGGCUGGUUAGAAAUGUUAACUAUUAAAGCGUUAAUAUUGACUGCAUAUGUAUACUAUUGUGAAGGAACAUCGAGAGCUGCACUGAACGAUCGACCUAUUAUCGGCGUGUUAUCACAAGAACAAUCUAAACAUCUUCAUUCGAAGUUUCCUGACGAAAACUAUACGAGUUACAUCGCUGCGUCAUACGUGAAGCAUGUUGAAGCUGCGGGAGCACGAGUUGUGCCAAUUCUCAUUGGAAAGAACCGCAAAUAUUAUGAGGAUCUUAUGAAAAAAAUCAAUGGGGUAUUUCUUCCAGGAGGCGCCACAUUCUUCAAUCAGUCGAAUGGAUUUGCCGAUGCUGGACAGCAUAUUUACGAGAUAGCUCAAGAAAUGAAUAGAUCGGGAGACUAUUUCCCAAUUUUUGGCACUUGUUUGGGAUUUGAAUUACUAAUAAUACUCGCAUCUGGAAGAGGGGAGAAGGAAAAUAGAGUCAAAUGUUAUUCGUUUCGGAAUUUAUCGCUCAACUUUACAAAGGACUUUCGUAGCAGUAAAAUGUUUAAAGAUGCUACUGAAGACAUUAUCAGAAUUCUUGAAACUGAAGAUAUCACUGUCAACGCGCACCAAUUUUGUAUACUCGACGAAAAUUUGAAAUCUCAUAACUUGACUAAAGACUGGCGAGUUACGUCACACAGUAAGGACGACAACGGGACAUCGUUUAUAGCAACUAUUGAACACACCAGGUAUCCCUUCUAUGGAGUUCAAUUUCACCCCGAAAAGAUCGCCUACGAAUGGAAGGCAUCUAAAAAUUACCCACACACAAUGAACGCGUUACACACAAAUCGAUAUUUCAUGGACUUUUUCGUAAGUGAAUGUAGGAAAAAUAACCACCGAUUCCCCAGUACGAAGGAGGAAAAUGAUUACUUAAUAUAUAAGUAUGUACCAGUUUUUACAGGUGAACUUGGGAGUUCGUACCAACAGUGUUAUUUCUUUGAACCUAGAGGUGUUGAUACUAAAUAUAACUUGGAUCUUUUAAAGGAUAAACAUGAUUCGUACUAUAGAACGGAUUUGUAUUGAUAUUUUGUAUCGAAUAUUUAAUCAUUUAUUUUCAUUCACAUUUCCAUGUCAAAUUUCACAAAAUAAUAUUAUUGAAUUUGGAUUGGAUGAUAUUUUUUUACUAACAUAAUUUUAACACACAAAAUCUGGAAUUAAUUGCUAGUCAUAAUCGUUUAUUAUAGGGACAGAAAAAUGUUAAAAAUGUUGUAGAGGAAUAGUUUACACAUUGCCCCAUCAUAUCAAAGAUUCUGUUAAUUUCCUAAAUGGUCUCUCUGUGUGGGAAGAGAACUACCGUUCUCUCCGGGAAUGGAGGGCGUUGCUAAAUUACUCUUUUUUAGGUUAAUAGCACUGUAACUUCAUUAUAGUCUUGAUACGUUUAAUACAAAAACAAUUAAAGGGUUAACAUGGAAAUAAAUGAAACGACGCGUAGCAAAUAAUAAUUAUUUAUGUGUCGGCACAGACAAUGAAUCGUCAACUUGUGGAGACAUAAUUUCACUGCCUUUGUUAUAAUAUAUCCGCAAUUGUAGAGAACUUUAAAAAAAAUAUUGUUAUUUGUUCAAAACAAACUUAGGUUUGGUAUACCAUUAUUAAAACUAUAUAUUUAUCUUAGCAUAGAUUAUAUACUUAGUUGAUACUAGGUCUGACAAAGAAGUUUUACUGUGAUUAUUAAAUUAAAUUAAUUUUACCU